AAAAAAAGAAAUUCUGACAAAAGCAAAUCCUUAUUCUAUACUGCAGCCCUACUCAAUGUGUACUGUUUACCCAUAAACAUAUUAGGAAUGAAGGUAAAAAAUGCAUGUCAUUAUUAAUAACUUAUUUAUUUUAAAUUGUUUAUUGUUUGUCAAUAAAAUGUUAUUCAAAAUAUAUUAACUCUAAUUGUUCUAAGUUUAUUAAUCAAAUUUAUUUUAAUUAAUUUAAGACAAAGUUAUUUAUAAUUAAGUAUUAUUAGGAGUGAAAUUACUAGAGAUUUAUACCCUCAAUUUUAAGAGCGAGGCCCCAUUAGUGCGUUGCGCUGCGUUGCGUCGUCGCAGCGUCGUCGCUGCGUCGUUUUCCAUACAUUUUUUAUGACAUGCCCCAUUAGACCGUUGCGUCGUCGCGCGCGACGUUUCAACGGAUCGACGGACAAGAGACUAUAGCGGGAGGGAGGGUGAUGCGCUGCGUUGUCGGAGCUCCGCUGCGACGACGGACAGUGAUGCACUGCUAGAGGAGAAAGCUAGACGAGCGUAACGACAUUUUCUAUUUUACCAUGAGUGAGCAGGAUAUUGAUAUAGAUUUUCUCAUAUCCUUGGUCCAAGAAAGACCCAUUAUAUGGGAUAAAUCACACGAACAUUACAGUGAUAAAUUUCGUAAAGCGAAUGAAUGGGUAGCUGUUUGUAAAAAAAUAUUUCAAGAUUACGAGGAGUUUGAGGACCAAAAAAAGAACAAAAUUGGUAACGAGGUUGUGAAAAAAUGGAGAAGCGUGAAGGACAACUUUUUUCGAUACGUAAAAAAAAUAAAAGAAAACAGUUCGUCUGGAUCAGGGGCAAAACAAUUGAAGAAAUAUCAUUAUUACAAUCAGUUGCUGUUUUUGAUGAAAGUUGCCCAAAAUAAAACUGAUAGUAGCCUUGAAAUGGUGUCUGAAGAAACGGAACGAAAUGAAAACACAGCAUCAUCUUCUCCAUUUCCUACAAAAGAAAUGUCCUCGUUACCCCCAGGUCCUUCUCGCUACGUGCCUGCAAGCCGUAAGAGAUCAAACCAAGCAAUAGAUGAUUUCGAGGCGCAAGCAUUAAAAGCGUUGCAAGAGAAAGAAAACCGCCACUUAUCAUUUUUCAAAGGAAUUUUGCCUUCUUUGGACAGCUUUACGGAAUUACAAACUUUGACAUUCCAAAGCAAAGUUAUAAAUAUCAUUACCGAAAUUCGGUUCGGGGAACAGACUCAAUCAACAACAUGGCAGUCACGCGGAUAUCAAACUGGACAACAGUAUCAAGCAACACCAUUGCAGUCACGCGGAUAUCAAACUGGACAACAUGCCCAGUCACCAUCGCCAUCAUCGUAUCGAACAGAUGAAUUCGAAGCUACCUACUCAACCAACACUACGAUUAAUAAUUUUACUGAUGAUAGUCAAGAAGAAGAUUAUAACUUUGCUUUGUUACCUAAUAGUAAUACUUAAAUUAAACUGUUUUUAAAGAUAAUAAAUUAAUAACUGAUUAACAUUA